AUGGAGCCAAAGACACCCAAAAUCGUAGCCUCCACGGGACACACAUACUGUUGCUCGAUUGCAGAGUCUAGAAUUCGACAAGAGAGCCUUUGCACUCCUGUUCUUCCCACUCCUGCUUCCUCACAUCUCCAACUAGCUGUAGAAGCUAGGGAGGAAGAUGCAGAACAAAAUUUCUUCAAAUGCGCUCAAUGGACCCCAGAUGGAACUAGCAUCCUCACCUCAAGCGCAGACAACAGCGUCCGCACCUUCGUCGUUCCCUCCGACCUGCUCUCCUCUACCUCCCCUAAGACUCUCACACCCUACACAACACAUCUACAUCCCACCUCCAUAAACUGCGUCGCCCCCUACCCACACUUCACGCUCACCGAGCCGUCCACAACUCUCUACCUAUCGACUCCCAAUUCCCUCCCCACCCGCCUCCUGAACGCCCUUUACCCGAGCACAACCCCCACCGCAACCUACCCACUCAUCUCCCCCACCACCGAAGCCUACUACACGCCGGCCUCCCUACUCUGGUCCUCCCCGUCAACAUUCUUAGCAGGAACAGACUGCCUAAUCGCGCUAUUCGAUGUAGAGAGGAAUGGUCAGGGGCCGGUGACGAGGCUGCCUACUAUUCCGAGCAAGCGGCAUAAGAUGAAGGGGGGCGGGGUAGGCAUGCGUGGUAUUGUGAGUGCACUGGGUAUGCAGGGCGAGGAUGCUGGGAUGCUGGCUGCGGGGACAUGGACGAGGUGGGUUGGGCUUUAUGAUGCUAAUGGCAUGGGGGGCACGGUUGCGCAGUGGAGUGUUGCUGAGGCUGCGGAUCAGCAUGCGGGGGUUGAGGAGGAGGGGUCACGCAGACGGUGUGGGAGGUAUCUGUGUGUGGUUGAGAGGAAGAGUGGAGGGCUGUUGGUUUAUGAUGUUAGGGUUACUGGGAAGGUGGUUGCGUGGUUGGAGGGUAGGGAGGCGUGGACGAAUCAGAGGUUGGGGGUGGAUAUUUUCGAGGGGGAGGGAGGUUUGGAGGUUUGGGCUGGGGGGAAUUGA